AUGGGUGAAAAGGACAAGAAAUAUGGAGUGCUCUUCAUUUGCUUGGGUAACAUUUGUAGAUCGCCGAUUGCUGAAGCGGUUUUCUUGGACUUAUUGAAGAAACGAAACUUAACUGAGAAGUUUUUGGUGGAUAGCGCCGCGGUCGCUGGGUAUCACACUGGAAAGCGUCCCGAAAGUCGAACCCUCAAAACGCUGCAAAAGUUCGGUCUUACUGAUUAUGAUCAUCGAGCCCGUGAGGUUUCAACGGCCGACUUCAAGAAAUUCGAUAUGAUAUUUGGAAUGGAUGAUAGCAAUAUCAGCGACCUGAAGGAAUUGCAACGAUUGGCAGGAGAUAAAUCGAUUGCUCGAUUGGAAAAAUUCUCUGACUAUGAUCCACAAGGUACAUCUGAAGUUCCAGACCCCUACUAUUUUUCGGGGACCGAAAUGUUCGAUCAAGUUUUCCAACAAUGUCAGCGAUGUUGUGAUGGCUUCCUUAAAACCAUCGAGAAUGAAUUAAUGACCUCAAAAUCUCUUGUGAUGUAUUUGGUGCUACGACGGGAUCUCCUGAAAGAACCGCUGAAUUGGCCAAUUGGUGCAGUGGCUACUCAAACAGCGCAUGCUGCUUCUGCGGCGAUUUGGAUUUACAGAGACGAUCCGAAUGUUGCAGAAUACACUAGCAAACUGGACUCAAUGCAUAAAGUAACUCUUGGUGUCGACAGUCCCGACGAACUCGCACAAGUAAUCAAGAAGCUCGAAGAAAAACAGCUAGAUCAUAAAGUUUGGAUUGAAGACGAUAUGCCGGUUUGUGUGGCCCUCAAACCGUAUUCGAAAGAUGAGGUGAAAAACGUAUUCAGAUCUCUGAAGCUUUUC